AUGCGCGGACACGGCGAGCCGAAGAAGCUCUUUUGCUUCGACUGCGACCGCCUCAUCUGUCGAGACUGCACCAUCAUCGACCACAGCGGACACAAGUUUGAGUUUCUGACCAAGUGUGCCCCCGAGAGCAGGAAGACACUGCGCCACUCGCUGGCUCCACUCCAGAAGGUGGCGGCCGACAUGGCGGGUGCCGAGAAGACCCUGGUCUCUGAAGAGGCUAAGGUGGAGAGGCAGAAGGAGGAGGUGUGCAGGUCCAUCCAGCAGUCGUUUGACAAGCUGAAGACGGUUCUGGACCAGAGGAAGGCAGAGCUGGUGAAGAAAGCCGGCUCACUGGCCCAGGAGAAGAAGGAAGCUCUGGCGGCUCAGAAGAGGGUGCUGCAGGUGGCACAGGGGGAGGUCCAACUUCUGGUGGAGGUUGUGGAGAGGAACGUGGAGGGCACGAGCGACCAGGACCUCAUGAGCAUCCGGACACAACUGGCGACCAAGAUGGAGGAGGAAGAAAAACGUCAUCGACAGCUGUCCCUGGAGCCAUCAGCCACUGCUGACAUCACCUGCAACCUUCCCUCUCCCCAAGUCAUUCCCGAUGAUCUUGGCUCUGUGUCUGACCGAAACACACCGCGACUCUUUACACAUUCUCCCAACACUAUUGAAUUGGGUUCCCCAGUGGAAGUGAGUCUGGCUGGCCCCACAGCCUCCCUGGAAGACGUCUCUGUCAGUCUGAAAUGUGUGGCAGAUCCAUCAUCAUCACUAGAGGGAGAGGUGGUCGGGAAUGGUGUAGGGAUCUUCAGCAUCUCCGUGACUCCUCAGGUCAGAGGUCGACAUGAUCUCAUAGUGAAAGUGAAGGACGAAGAGAUUGCGGGGAGCCCCUUCCGAGUCUUUGUCAAAUUACCUCCCUCUCAACUGGGACGAGGACAAGUUCGUAGCAUAGGGAGCUUGGAGUGGCCAUGGGGAGUAGCCGUUAACAACAAACAGCAGCUGGUAGCUAUUGAGAGUGGAGCUUUAGGUGGUGGGAAAGGGGUAACUGUUAUGACCAGAAAUGGAGAGAAAGUUCAGACCAUUGAGUGUAAUCAAUUCAAAGGUCUUCGUGGAGUAGCAGUUGCUUCAAAUGGAGCUAUCUAUGUCACUGACAUUGUAAUGCCAAGUGCCUUUUCAAAUUCAGUUCAAAUGGUGAACUCCUGAAAACA